AUGACAAACAACCCCGACAACGACGCGGGCAAGGCGCACUUCAAGGCCCGCCGGUUCGCCGAGGCGAUCGAGUGCUUCACGCGUGCCCACGCCAGCCUCCCGAACGACGCUCUGGUGCUUGGCAACCGGUCCGCGGCGUACUCGAGCCUCGGUCAGCACAGCAAAGCGCUCGCCGACGCGCAGGCCGCCGUCGCGCUCGACUACGCGUAUGUGAAGGGCUACUACCGCCAGGCGACGGCGCUGCUCGCGCUCGACCGAGCGGCCGAGGCUGCGCAGGCGGCCGAGGGGAGCGGGGAGGGGUCAGACGACGACGACGACGAGGCGGAGGAGGCGGAGCAGCAGCAGCAAGACGUCCGGAUGAGCGCGGAGGAGGAGGCGGAGCAGCGCAAGGCGCGCGCCGAGGCGCGCAAGGCGGCGGGCAACGGCCACUUCAAGGAGAAGCGCUACCGCGAGGCUGCCUCCGAGUACUCUCGCGCCAUGGAGAUUGACCCCGCCAACGCGACGUACCCGCUCAACCGCUCGGCCGCGCUGCUGCAGCUCAACGACGGGAAGCAGGCGCUCGCGGACGCGCAGGCGGCGCUCGAGCUGUCGCCCGGCCUCGUCAAGGCGCACGCGGUGCUGCGGCGCGCCGCCUGCAGACUCGAGCUGGAGCAGUACAACGAGGCGAUUGCCGACUAUGAGGAGGCGCAGCAGCUCGAGCCCAACGACCGCGGCAUCGCGCAGUCGUUGCGGCAGGCCAAGCUCGAGCUCAAGAAGAGCCUGCGCAAGGACCUGUACAAGGUGAUCGGCGUCGGCAAGCACGCGACCGAGAGCGAGAUCAAGAAGGGGUACCGGAAGAGCGCGAUGCAGUGGCACCCCGACCGGCACUCGGCGGGCACAGACGAGGAGCGCGAGGAGGCGGAGAAGCGUUUCAAGGAGGUUGGCCAGGCGUUCGACAUCCUCUCCGACCCGCAGAAGAAGCAAAAGUACGACGCCGGCAUGGACGUCGAGGAGAUCAACGGCGGUGGCGGCGGCGGCGGCGGCGGCCACCAGCACGUGGACCCGAUGGAUAUCUUUGCGCAGAUGGGCGGCUUCCCCGGCGGCGGCGGCGGUUUUGGCGGCGGCGGCAUGGGGGGGAUGCCCGGCGGCUUCAACUUCAGGCAUGGCUACUAGGGCGGGGCCGCCACGGGCCUCGCGCGCCCUCGCCGGCAAAGCCCUCCACCGCACGGUGCCGCGGGGGCCCAGCGCACACGCGCGCUGUGCAGGGCUUUGCGCGCUGCGCGCGCUUUCGGGGUCAAAGAUCUCGGCGCACGGAGAUGGCGCUGCCGCUGCGCGCUGGCCGCUGCCUGUGCCUCUGUCUGGCACGUGUCCGGCGGAAGCUUCGACUAUAUAUUCUAAAUGAGGAAGAGAAACCGCGUCGGUACGCUUGUCGAGACACGUUCAACCCCUCUUCUAUAUUAUCGGCGGAGGACGGGCAGCUGACGUGCAGGUGCAGGGAGUGCAGGCCCGCCCCGAGCUGUGAGGGCUCGCGCUCGCGGGGCCCCGCACACAUGCAUCUGCCAGCGCCACGGCCCAUCCGUCUAGGGAUGAAAACUGGACCCAAUCAAAACGACCAUGCUGCGAGCUCACGCGUUUGCCUCCAUCGACGACACCAGGUGAGACAAGAAGAAAUCCUCCGAGGCGGCGUCGGCGAUGUCCGUGAGGUCCUCGAGGCUGAGCGCCAGGCUGAGCGCGUCAUCGGACAUGGAGCUUGUGCGCGAAGUCGCCGGCAGUGGUGGCACCGGCCUCAUUCCGUGCAGGCUCAUGACGAGCCCCUGCUCGAGACCGUGCGAGCACCGCAAAGUGCUAAUAUCGGAAGCGGCGAUCGCUACGCGGCGCUGAAGCUCGAUCCACCUCGCAAAGGCGAAAUCAGGACGCUCGCUUUGGAUCUCAAUCCCCUUCUUGACAGCGAGAUGAACGGGAGUCUCUUUGGCUUGCGCCAUAGCUCUGUGGCGAAGCCCCCCGAGACCGA